GUCCUCGCCGAGUUUCUCCCUUCGUUUCAAAGUUCAAACACUCUGCCACUGACGGUGACUGAACUCUGAGCACCGACGGGGGCUCUUUCGUGCCAUUUUUCCAAUAGGGUUACGUUUCCAAUUGCAAAGCUCGCCCUUUUCGACUUCUCAUAUUCUGUAAGUUUCCAUUGCUUGAAUCCCUCCUUUCGAUUUCCAACAAAUGUCUCGUUCCUUAUCCAAAUCACUCAUAAAUCAUCCAAUCAUUAACUCCAAAUUGUGUUCCCCUCGUUAUAUUCAAACGAUUUCAUCUCUAAACUCAGCCUCAAGCUCAAAUGACCACCACCAUUUAACGCUCAAUUACCUCACCAACUCAUGUGGGAUGUCUCUGCAAAGGGCUACUUCAGUCUGCAAGCUAGUUCGUAUCAAGAACACAGAAAAAGCGGAUUUAGUCCUUCAACUGCUAAGAGCUAAGGGUUUUACUCAAUCUCAAAUUGUUACCUUAAUUUCAAGCCGUCCACAACUUAUUUUAUGCAAUCCCGAUAAAAUCCUUAAACCCAAGUUUGAAUACUUUGAGUCACUGGGUCUUUUAGCUCCAUGGCUGCGGAGUGCGCUAUGUGCAGACGGAAAGAUUCUAACUUAUAGUUUAAAGAAUCGGAUUUCUCCAAAUGUUGAUUUCCUUAAGGGGUUGCUUAAGACCGAGGAGAAUUUUGUCUGGGCUUCGAAGCGAUGCUUCAGUGCCCUUAGGUACAACACUGAGUCGAUGUUGUCUAAGAUAUGCGCAUUGGGUGCUUUUGGCGUGCCAGUACCCAAUAUUAGGAGGUUAAUAGUACUGCAACCUCGAUUACUGAUUACUAGACUUGAUAUCUAUGAAGAAAAGAUUCAAGAACUUGUGCAAAUGGGGAUUGAACCAAGCAGCAAGGCCUUCAUAAGUGCUUUUCGUUCAAUAUCCGCUAUGAGCAACUCGAAGUGGGAAAGCAAAAAGAAGUUCUUGAUGAGCUUUGGCUGGUCAGAAAGAGAUUUUCUUGUGGCAUUCAGAUCACAACCAUUAUUCAUGACUACCUCUGAGCAGAAGAUGAAGAAAGUAAUGGAGUUCUGUCUGACCAAAGCUGGUUUGCAGCUUUCGGAUCUUGUUAGAUCACCGCAUCUGUUUAUGAUCAGUUUGGAGAGACUCGCCAUACCUAGAUGCUCUGUUCUGAAAGUGCUAAUGUCAAAGGGAUUAAUUAAGAAGAAGGUGAAUGUUGUUUCGGCAUUGAAUAUGACUAAGAAACAGUUCGAGGACAAGUAUUUUACUUGCUUCAAGGAAGAUUACCAUGAAUUGGUCCAGGCAUACCAGUUUAAGACAUUUCCAGGAUUUCAUAAUCAGAUUCAGAUGUGAUAGGUGGUCUCAUGAAGGAAGCUUUAAACACAAGUAACUGCUAUAGGUUUGCAAUGCAGCAGUUUUGCAAUGGUUAGAGCUGUCAAUUUUCUGCAAUUCUCAUGUCAGGCAUGCCAGAUCAAAAUUCUUUGACCUCUCAAUCAGUGAAUUGAUAUGUUUGGGGAUAGGAAACAGGAAUUAGAUGCUAUUAUACAAUUUGGUACUGGAUUCCUAAAAAUAGGGGGAAAGAAAGAAAAAGCUUAGUUGCCGUGAACCAUGUAUUCACUACCUUGUUAGCAAUUAUAAUUUGCCCUUAUGCUUGUAAAUUUUACAUUUGAAUGUCGAUGGACGGAGAUCGACUUUCUCUUUGUGUGC